UUGCUUAGAGGGUUGUAACAAUUGUCAUUUUUGGUGGUGUCUAAGUUCGAAUCAACUGAGUCGAGUUCACGAAAAUGUUGUUGGGUUGAGUAAUUAUAAGUAGAUAGAGUAAGUAGCGCAGAAAAAGCGUUGUUGGGUUUCUUUGAUAGUGAGUGAGUGAGUGAGUCGCGUGCGUUGUUACGCUCGCUCGCUAACUCGCUGUUUCUUGUUGUCGUCUUUGUCUUUCUUCGUGCAACAAAACAACGACAUUCGAUUCCAUAACCGGGUCGGUCUAUAUCUAUCUAUCUAUCUAUCUAUCUACGUAGUUUCUUCUAGGAUUUGAUUCGGUGAGAGAAAGAAGAAGAUGGUUGUGAAAGUGAAGAGAGAAAAUCUUGAAGCAUGCAUGACAUGUCCUCUUUGUCAUAAGCUACUCAAAGAUGCUACAACCAUAUCUCUAUGCCUUCAUACUUUUUGUAGGAAGUGUAUACAUGAGAAACUUUCAGAUGAAGAGGUUGAUUCCUGUCCGGUAUGCAACAUUGAUCUGGGUAUCCUUCCUGUCGAAAAACUCAGGCCUGAUCACAAUCUGCAAGAUAUUAGGACCAAAAUAUUCCCAUGUAAACGACAAAAGGUUAAAGCCGAAGAAGUUGUUCCCUCAACACCCCUGCCACCAAAAAGGAAGGAAAGAUCACUUUCAUCAUUGGUGGUCAGUGCUCCCAAAGUUUCAACACAUACCACCUUUACAGGAAAGAGAACAAAAACUGCUACAAGAAAGGCUGCUGCUUUACGUGGAUGCAGUUUUAUCCCUGAAGAAACCAUAAAGAAAGAAGAAACACACAAUGAAGAUAAUCCGGAUUCUUCAAUAGCUGAGACUUCUAAGAAGAAUAGACCCAACGAAGAUACAGACAACAAUAUAGACCUUACAGAAGGGAAGGCUGAUCUCUGGACGCCCUUGAACUGUCUUGUCGAAGCAGCCAAUAGAACAAAGUCAUCCAGAUCAAAUUUACAAGGGACCCCUCUUACCAAAUUAGAGUCUCCAACUACUCCUCAUGGUGGACUAGAGAUGUCUGAAAUUACAACCAAAUCGGAGCCACCUACAUCUGUUCAGGGUGAAUUACACAUGCCUAAAACCAAGAACAAAAGUAAUGGACAUAAAACAAAGUUUGGAGAUGACAAGGGGGGAAACACCAUGCCUUCAGGACCAGUGAAGCGAAAAAGGAUGCGUCCUUCUAAACAGAAGAGAGCAGCAGCAUUUGAGAUGUCUGCCUCAGCACAACUCAUGUUAGAUGCAACAGAGAGCAGGUGCAACAGGAAAAACAAUCCUAUUUGGUUUACAUUAGUUGCUUCAGAAGACCAGAAUGGAGAAGUUUCCUUGCCACAGAUCUCGGCUUGCUACUUAAGAAUAAAGGAUGGUACUGUGCCUGUCUCGUAUAUUCAAAAGUACCUCAUGAAGAAACUUAAUCUUGCUAGUGAAGCUGAGGUUGAAAUAAUGUGCCGGGGUCAAUCUGUGCUCCCAACAUUGCAACUGCAUAACUUAGUAGAUCUGUGGUUCUGCACAGCAUCAACAUCGAAAAAGUUACCGGCAUCUGUGGGCUCUUCGGCUAAGGACUUUGUGAUGGCUUUAUCGUACUGUCGAAAGACCUUACCUCAUUGAGCUUGUCCCCUAUCCUAUCCAUAUGUGUGGACUCUGUUACUUUACAUAGAUAUACAACUACUUGGGGGAAAAAAACUCAGGUGUUCCUACUUGGGAAUUUGUUCAAUGUCGUGGAUCUUUUUGAUUUGUUUUCAUAAUCUCUAAAUGUAUACCCUCCAAUUUUGUACUAUAUAUAUAUGCUUUAUUUGCUAUUUUUUUCUAGGACAUGAAUACUAAAUACUACCAAUUGACUAAA